UAUAUCCAAGCAAAGACCCCCCCUGUUUCUCAAAUCUGCAAAACUGAUCAGUCAAGCUGUAUACCUUCAUCUUAUGUGAACUUACCAGAAAGUAGAGUCAAAGACAUUCAGAAGGAGCCUAAGGGAGUCACAGGUUCCGAUUUGGAAGAAAGUGUGUCUUUCUAUGACACUACUCCUGAAAUGCCUAUUGCUAUUAAUAGCAGUGACAAACUUCAGACAGCUACAGCAGUGGUGUCUCACUUGCUCAUUCCCAAUGCUCUGGUGGCUGUGUCAGAAGGACAAGAGAGAGGAGAGCAGAAAGAAGACUUAGACAACCAUUUUUCAAACAAAGAGGAUACAACUUCUCAAUGUCUCAGUCCAGUUAACUCUGAUGGCAAAGCAGUGUCUUCCGCAGGCCUCUGCUCUUUUGCAAGUCAUCACAAUGAUUCCAAGGACAACAAUAUGCAGGAACCUUCUUCAGUGGAUCCCAAAGGCCCCAUCAUAAGCCAUUUGGAAGCCCCAAAGGAUGAUACUACAGUGGUUUCUCAAAUGAUCGUCCCUGAUGCUCUGGUGCCUGUAUCAGCAGAAAUGGAGAAAAAACAUGUGCGCAAAGAGGACAAUUGCACAAAGAGAGUGAAACCUGAUAGUCUUGACACUCCAAGCUCAACUAAUGAAAAUGUUGCAAGGUCAUCAGAACAGCUUGAUUCUGAUGGACAAAUUGAAGAGAUAUCCCCGCCAAAGAAAAGGAAAUUGCUAGAGGGUACAAGGAGAGCCAAGCUCCAAGUGAAACCAGCUGUGCCUGUACGGCGAAUUUCUUCACAAAAUGCCUCAGCAGAAAAAUCUGUUCUACCACUUUCCUCGACUGGGAGUUUCCUUGCACACUGCUCUGGGUCUGGCCAGACUAACAACACACAAUUGCCAGAAUCAUCAUAUAAGCCUCCAUCAACGGCUAGUUUUGGGGUUGGAGAAGAAUCUUCAAUUGUCCAGCAAAGCACUCCACCGGAAGUUAUUCAUGCAGUGACCAGACCUGGAAGAAAACCGAAAGGCUUCCUGUCCUUCAUGUCCAGUAAGAAUGUGUCUGGGGUGACUGCUACAAGACCUACUCAAGUCAAAUCUGCAUCAAAGAGGAUGUGCAUAGCACCAAGGACCAUAUCCACAGCAACAGAACUAACUACAAGCAGUUCAACAAAUGCAAAUAAUCUGACACCAAACAGAUCUACUUGUGGCACUGGAAGAGCUGUACCAAUCACCUCCUCCUGCCACAUUCACUCCUUGCAGAAUCCUGAGGUGAACUCAUCUGAAUCAAGACAGUCGGGCAUCAGGCAUCGCUCGGAGGAGCCCACAAAGAUAUCAGAGUACUUCCUCAGUAACAUCUUUACAGAAGUUGAGGAGCGGGACUGAGGGUUAACAGAUAUCCAGCUUUGAAUGAGAAGAGGUGGUGAUUGAAAGAAGAGAUUUGCUUAUGAAGGGAAACUGUAGGGAUUAUGAAUGCCUGUCAAAGCUAACAGUUUGAAGAUACUCACACUUAAUGAGGUCUGUCCAGCAUUUAAGAGCUGAAAGGGGAAAGUCAUACCAGUCUGAUCUGUUUAUUUCUGACCUGGAACAAGUAGAGUCAACUCUAACCAGUAUGGUAUGAAACUGUGUAGAUCACUGAUUUUGUGUUGUAUCAGUCCAUGUCUAUAUGAGUGCCUGACUGUGCCAUUUUGGUUACCUAAUUCCAGUCUGUUUCAAUCUUAAUAUAAUGGUAAAUCAGGCUGUCAUAAUUCCUUUUAGUGUUUGGGGAAAUUAAGGUAGAGGAAAAGAAUGAUGUGUGUUUGGAUGUUCUUCUUACUGGUACUGGCUGUACCAACAACUGUAUGUUGUAUACAAAAGAAAUAGGUUUUUGGGUAUGACCGUUUAUUCUUUCCCUUAUAAAUCAGUGUUAAUAUUUUUAGAUAAGGUGUUGGUGGUUCUUUUAUGCUUUUCUUUUAGUCAUAAAAUAUUUGACAUUUUUUAAAUAAUUGUCCACGUUUGCUACAGUUUAUUUGAUUGUAUUAUUUUAUUUCAUUGCAUUCUCAUAAUCACCCCUGUGUACACUGCAAUAAUAAUAAUAAUAAUAAUAAUAAUUGAUAAAUAAAACAAAUAAAAUGCA